AUAACCAGAAGAGAUUUGCAGAGGCAGAUCUGAGAGAUCAAGAAGAAACCUCGAUCGUCUUCGUAAUCUUCUUCAACUCUCUUCGCCAUGGCCGCCAUGGAUUUCUCCUCCAUGUUUCUCCUCUUCUUCUUCCUAUUUCCCAUUUCUUCUUUUGCAGAGAUUCGCUUCACCGACAUCAGAACCGACGAUCGUCCCAUUAUUCCCUUCGACGUCUUCGGCUUCAACCAUGGCGGUCGUCUCGAGCUCAACGUCUCCCAUCUCGCACUCUCCGAUCCUAAUCCAGAUCUGGACCUCGCCAAGGUUGGGUUCUUCCUCUGUACACGAGAAUCAUGGCUUCAUGUGAUCCAGCAAUUGGAAGAAGGGGAAAUCCCUUGCGCACUCCAAUCCGACCUUAUCAAACCGGUCUUCGCUUUCAAUUCCCUCAAAGGCCGUGACCAAUUCGAUGUUCUUUAUUCCGAGACUGAUGCCGAUCAAUAUACCCUCGUUUUUGCUAAUUGUCUUCAGCAACUUAGGGUUUCUAUGGAUGUUCGAUCCGCUAUGUACAAUCUCGAGGGCAAAAAUGGUGGCCGCGAUUAUCUUUCUGCUGGGAAAACUAUCCUCCCGAGGAUUUAUUUCCUUCUCUCUUUGAUUUAUUUCUCGCUUGCUGUUGUUUGGAUUCAUGUUCUUUACAAGAAGCGAUUGACGGUUUAUGGUAUUCAUUUCUUUAUGCUUGCUGUUGUGAUCUUAAAGGCUUUGAAUCUUCUCUGUGAGGCUGAGGAUAAAUCUUACAUUAAGCGCACUGGUAGCGCCCAUGGUUGGGAUGUUCUGUUCUACAUAUUUAGUUUCUUAAAGGGUAUCACAUUGUUCACUUUGAUCGUCUUGAUUGGCACUGGUUGGUCUUUCUUGAAACCCUAUUUACAGGACAAGGAAAAGAAGGUAUUAAUGAUUGUGAUUCCACUGCAAGUGGUGGCUAAUAUUGCUCAGGUUGUGAUCGAUGAAACUGGGCCAUUUGAUCAAGAAUGGGUCACUUGGAAACAGGUGUUUUUGCUUGUUGAUGUGGUCUGUUGUUGUGCUGUUUUGUUCCCGAUUGUUUGGUCGAUCAAGAACUUGCGAGAGGCUGCUCGAUCCGAUGGGAAAGCGGCUGUGAAUUUGAUGAAAUUGACCCUUUUUAGACAGUAUUACAUUGUGGUUAUCUGCUAUAUCUACUUCACUCGAGUUGUAGUGUAUGCACUCGAGACGAUUACAUCGUAUCGGUAUCUUUGGACGAGUGUGGUGGCCGGGGAAUUGGCAACACUUGCGUUUUAUGCAUUCACUGGUUAUAAGUUCAAGCCUGAGGCUCAUAAUCCAUACUUUGUAGUUGAUGAUGAGGAGGAGGAAGCAGCUGCUGAGGCAUUGAAGCUUGAAGAUGAGUUUGAAUUGUGAUGAACAAGAGGGGUGCUGCUGCUGUGCUGCAAUCUUGUUCUGUUCUGAAUUGUGAGUUUUAAGGUUGAUUCUAUAGCAAUGAAGGCAUACUCAGGAAGAGGUGUUGUUCGUGAUGUGACUAUAGAUAGAGCCAAGGUAACUUGCAAGGUCAAGGGCGUGCCACCACGCCCAUAAGGGAGUCUCGAACUUGACAUGACUAAGUCGAGGCAUGAUUUUAAAUUAGUUUCUUGUUUUGCAUCAAUUUUCUCUCUUUGUUUCCCGAUUCAAACGGACAAAUCAAAUGAAGAGUUGACUUUUUAAAUG